UAUUUUUCAGAGCCAUGUAUUUUGAUAGAGUUAGCGGUCUAGUGUGUACAUAGGAGUUUGUGAUGGUCGGUGAUCGCGACAUUCGCGACGCGAGCACGUAGCCUCGGGUCCCUCAGGUUGAAAACAGCUCGUCUUUGGUUCGGCCGAGAGUCGCGGCACAGGGAGGAAUCGACGAUGUCGUUCGGCAGCGGUUUCGGGACGUCCACGUCCACGUCCGCGCCCACGUUCGCCUUCGGCACCACGCCGGCGUCCACGGCGACGCCGGUUAAGCCUGUGGCAGGAUUUGGAACGCCCUCGUUCGGGUUCAGCGUACCGACCACCUCGACGCCAAGCCUGUUCGGCACGCUGUCGACGCAGCCGACAGGAUUCGGCACCGGCACCGCCACCGGAUUCGGCAGCCCGACCGCCGCCGGCUUCGGUAACGCGCCCAGCACGGGCUUCGGCUCCGCGCCCGCGUUCGGCGCCACGCCCACCAGCACCUUCGGCUCGGCGCCGGCUUUCGGUAGUACUCCCGCCGCCUCCACGGCCACUGGAUUCGGCACAAUCUCGACAUUCGGCUGCACCCCCGCCAGCGCCCCCGCUUGCUUCGCUGGCUUCGGAACAGCGACGACGUCGACGCUGAGCUUCGGGGGCUUCGGUGGAUUCGGGACGACCACCACCACGUCUACGCCUAGCUUGUUUGGCGGAUUUGGCACUACGAACAUCGCCCCAACCGGCUUCGGCACGUCCACGGGUUUCGGUGCAUUCGGAAGCAAGCCGGCUACCACCAGCGGUACCCCUGGAUUCGGUGGAUUUGGAACGGGGACAGGAUUCGCUGGAUUUGGUACUGGACCGGCACAGCCUCAGCAGCCUACAAAGUCAGAGGCUCUCUAUAAUGCUGUGUUCAAUUGCCAGUUGUACAAUGACGAACGAGAUAAUACCAUUGCUAGGUGGAAUCUUAUUCGGGCGUUGUGGGGUACAGGAAAAGCAUAUUAUUCCAUAAACGCCCCGCCUAUAGAUCUUACUCAGGAAAAUUCGUUGUGCAGAUUCAAAGCCAUCGGAUACAGUCGUAUACCUGAUGCUGACAACAACGAUGGUUUAGUAGUAUUGUGCUUUAAUAAGAAAGAAAAGGAUGUACAGGAUGGGAAACAGCAGUUGAUAGUAUUUCUCAAUGGUUUGUUGGGGAAUAAGCCCAAUCUGAUCGUAACCGUGGAUAAUGUAAAGUCAACGGGAGAGAACAAGAGUCAAGUGACAACAUACGUGUCGGAAAAAGGAAUCACCGGUUCCUACAGAAAGAUCCCUGCCAACGAAUUGGUCGCGUACCUGUCGCAGGUGAUGCAGAAACAACAGUUAGUACAGAACGGGGUCGAAGAUGUAUUUCCGCUGGUGAAACUUGAUCCGUCGCAGCUAAAAGAGUACCUGGAUAAUCCACCCUGUGCUAUCGACGCGAGAUUAUGGAAGCAAGCGCAGUUGGACAAUCCCAAUCCGGAGCUGUAUAUUCCGGUUCCUAUAGUCGGCUUCCAGCAAGUUAAGCACAGAUUAAAGUGUCAAGAGGAGGAAACUGCUAGACAUAGAGCGUUUCUAGAUUUGGCGGCUGAAAAAAUACAAGGCUUGCAAAGGCAGCACACGGCUACGCAGGCCCGACUCAAGGAACAUAGGCGUGCGUUAUUGGAACUUCAACACAAGGUUCUACAGUUGCUGGUACGGCAGGAGAUUACGCGAAAAGUUGGAUUAGCCUUACAACCGGCAGAGGAAGGUUUAACACGCAGGUUCGAAGCGAUGCAUUCGCAAAUCAGUGCUCCAACGCAAUACAAAGGUAGAAUUAGUGAAAUGCUUUCUCAGCUUAGAAUGAGGCGGCACAUUGAUAUUCAGAAUCAAGAGAGGUAUACAAUGGACCCAAUAGCACAGGACGAUAUUAAAACAUAUUUAAGUAUGGAACAGCAGGGAAUGGCGCAGCUUAUUUCGACAAUAAAUGCGGAUUUAGAAAGCUUGAAAAUCAUUAAGGAUGGAAUGUCAGAGCUUUUAAUAACUCAAAGUAUAUCAUGAGGAUUGUAAUAUGUAAUAAAAUUUGUUCACACAUCUUCUAUACAACUGAAA